CUCUGCAUCGCCACUAGAGAGCGGAUUCCGUUGGGAAGAUAUUUCCCGCUGUCUGCUUCCUUUUUUUUACCUCUGCCCUACCCUGUGCUCUUGUGGCCUGCUCCUCUGCUCGACCCUCCAGGACUGAAAUUGCCCACGAGGAACCUCCGUCUUUUUAAUUAGUAACCACCUGUGUCUGCUUGCUGUAGGCUAUCGUCGGUUGAAACCCUUAAUCUCAGUCGCACCGUCUUGCAUCCAUCCGACGUUGAGCAGUCCUCUCUCCUUCCAUCUUCACCGUCUCCCGACUCUCCAGCCUCAUGCUACUGACGACUCAGUCGUAGCCCCGUUCCUUGGACGCGGAAUAAUACCACGAAUUGCAGCCAUGUCGACGGCGAACUCUACCAGAAUGGACGUUGACAGCAUGUGCAACGACGAUAGAUCCACUCGCGCCACCAGCGUUCUCUCAAUGGAUGACAUCGAGGCCGCUCAAGCACUAGAGGGUCUCCGAUCAGAGUUUGCACACUCCUCCCCUUCAUCGCAAAGCAAUAACCGUCUGUCGUCAUCCGCCCUCCCGGCUUCAGAAUCUUCGCAGCCAGAGCCCCUGCUUUCCCUCUUGACCUCCUCUCACCCCUUGCUCUCUUCGGCCAUCAACAGCUCAAUGUCCGUCUAUUCGUCAUCCAAGUCAUAUUCUCCCAGAUUCAAGUAUGGUGCCGAAUUUAUAGAACGGAACAUCGGCACUCCGGUUGUAAACACCGUUGGCAGCGUUGGGCGGAGAACAGGUGUCGAGGGAGGCCUCAGAUGGGUCUUACAGCGACGGGAAAACCCAGAUGCGAACACUCGCAACCCACGUUCCAGCGGAGAACGAAAUUCGGACGCCAUGGAUAUCGAGAAAGGCGUCGCCGAACCAAGGCCCACUCAUACAAGACGAUCUUCGGGCCUCUCAAGCGUCGAAACGUUGCCCCCAUACGACACUCUUUCAUCGCCCAACUAUGAGGAGUUGGUGGCCCUGGACAGUAAAGGCGCUCGCACUGAAUCUCCUCGAAGUCAGACUUGGCAAAGUCGUUUGAUGAUUUCCACGUCGGGUCUUGGUGUGGCGAUGAGCGAAGAAUCGCUUCGUAGCUUGACAUACUGCUUGAAGUGGCUGCAGUGGGCAAACACUCGCCUUGGUAAUUCCAUAGUAACUCUCAAGCAGGUGCUAGAGGAAUGGGACCAGUCCAGGCAGCACCAAUCGUCUGGCGAUGCGUCAAAUCCAGAGAGUCGGCCAAGGAGCCCGGCUGUUGUCUCUCAACAGAUUCAGCAGGUCAAACAAGAUGUUCUCCAGACUUUGAAGCAAGCCGUAGACGUGGUGUCGAAAUACGCUGGUGGUGCAUUGCCGGAAAAUGCACGCAAUCUCGUUCGUCGACAUCUGACUUCGCUGCCACAACGGUUUCGAGUUGCGUCGUUAUAUACAAACAGACAGUCAGACACUUCCGACCCUGAGUCAGACACAACCAGCACCAGUGCCCAUCGUGUCCUGGUCCUUGCCGAAGAGGGAUUAGAUAUGAUGGCCCAAGUUAGUAGGGUUGUGAACGAUACCCUCAUUAGCGCCGAAAGCUGGUGCGAAAGAUUACGAAGACCGAAGCCGUCGGUCAUAUCAACAGACGGCCAAGGCCCGGAUUCCCCAGCCCCUGAUGCUUUCGACACCAAACAGCCAUUGGCCGAGCCGACACAUUGUCGCGAAGUUGAGAUGACAGGAAUGGAUGAGAAGGCGUGAUUGAUGAAGCCAGCUCGUGCCAGCGUGGUUAUCCCUACGUGGCGCGAACGUGACUCUGUGCAGUGACACAGCCCCAUUGAAUACUCUCCAUACACUCAUGGUGUAUAUGUGCCCAGCUCUACUCUUCAUUCCACGCUUAUACGUCACCAUCACCCUCCUGCUUCCCCUCCACCUUCAAUUCCAAUAACUCGUGACCUUGUGUAUAAUCCGCUAUUGAUUUAUACCCAUCUUUCUGUUCAUUGUUUAAUAUUUUGCGGCGUUUGUUCUCUUUUGUUGUGCAUGUAAUCGGAGCGAGCUGUUCUUCUUUCUCUUCUAUACCUACCUACCCGCACCCUCUUCCCCUAGCUGUGUUUCAAAUUAUAUUCUUUUCCCACAGGUCGUCUCUGAAAAUUGAUCUCUUGUUUGCCUUGCUUAUCUUGAUUAUUUGAUUACCUUGAGGAGGUGUGAGCCACUAUACACACUAUACUCCCUUACCCCAAUUCCUCUCGUCCCAUCAGACUACUCUGGGUCUGGGACUACAUUAUCAAAAGGCUUUUCUAUUCUCUUUUAUGCUUUGAAUUACUAUUUUGAUUUAAGAUUGACUAGUUAAGUUGAU